AUGCGGUCUCCAAAUUGCACGCGCCCUUCAAAAUGGCUUUUUCAAAGCAAAAGACCAUGGCCUAAAACCGGUUCCAGACUCCAGAGUCCAGACGGUUACAGGGCUUGUACAGGGAGACAACCGGUCACCGCAUACACCCAAUUGCUUCUUUCUCCAUCGCUCUACGAUGCACUUUCCCAAUUUUAUCAGCGAUUUGCAGCGCAGACACGAGAGUGCAUCAGAUGUGAGUUAAGGUAUGCACCUUCGCUGGCAAAGAAGCCGGUCUCGAUAUCGUCUUCGGAAGUACCUUCACAUACGGUCGAUCCAUUUGCUCCUCCUUACAUUCCCGAACUGUUGAUUUCUCAGUCUGAGGAUAGCGAAGGAGAAGAGGGUUACGUGGUUUUGCUAAAUAAGUUCUGUGUUGUCCCUCGUCAUUUCCUCUUAGUGACCAAAGAAUACAAAUCUCAGAAGACUCCACCAACACCUGAGGAUUUAGUAGCUAUUUACGUCUUGCUUCAACAAGCCCUAGUUUCCGAUCCUACUUCCGAAUGGCUGGCUUUUUAUAAUUGCGGUCCAAACAGCGGAGCAUCCUUUCAAUUCAUCCCUGCUCAGGCUGGUGAAAAUAAGUUUGGAGAGCUCAUCGCGCGCUCGGCCCCUGCGAAGUUAGGCGAGUUUGAGUGUGACGUCUACAACGUAAAAGAGCUAGGAUAUGCACAUUUUAUUUGCGCAAUCCCAUCAUGCUUAAGUUCAAAACCUGACGACGAGGAAACAGAAGCUACUCUGGGAACAUACUUCAUGACGAUGUUGGACUCUAUGAUCGAUCAUCUUCGUCACCUUGCUUCUGAAGAGAACUCACCUCAUACUCGACCUAAAGAAUUAUCAUAUAACUUUUUAAUGACAAGUAAAUAUAUGAUUCUGAUCCCAAGAUCACGAGAGUGUCUUUUAUCAAAUGGCUUAUCGAUCAAUAGCCUUGGUGUAGGUGCUGGAAUGGUUUUGGUCAAAAACCAAGCUGAACUGGAUGAAGCUCGUAGGCUUGGUAUUGAUGAACUGUUGGAAGGAGUCACUUUUCCAAAAUUAAAGGACGUCAUCAAUCCUUGUGAUCAUGGUUGA